GAGCGCUUGGCGCGGGACUUGGCGAUUGGCGCCGGCGGCGGGGGCGCGCGGCCAAUGGGGCGGCGGGGGCGGGGCCUGCCCGGCCUGGUGGCGGGAACUGCGGGGCUGCGGCUGAGUUGGCGCCAGGAGAGCCCCCCAGCCAUGCCCAGCACCCACUCGCAGAGCCAGGCCACCAUCGGCUUCCCCCGCCGGAGGAGCGCCCGCUGCCUCGCCGCCCCCCCGGCCAAGACCCCCCCGGCCAAGCCCCCCCUGGAUGGCCCCGACCACGACCCCGCCGCCCUGAACCUCUCGCCCUUGCCCAGGAGCCCCGCGGAGCCCGGCCCCACCGCCCCGGCCCCGCUCUCGCCCCGGAGCCAAGCGCUGCCCCUGAGCCCCCGCAAGCGCCUGGGCGAUGACAACCUGUGCAACGUCCCCCACGCCCUGCCCUGCUCCCCGGCCAAGCGCAGCAAGGAGAACCGGGGGCGCCGCCUGCUCUUCGGGGACACCGCGGCCUCCCCGGGGAAGCACAGCACCCCGGAGAAGCUGAGCAGCCCGGGGAAGUCGCCGAGCACCCCGGGGCCAUCCACGCCGCUCCGAGGGCAGGAGACCCCCCAAAGCUCGGGGCGCAGCGGGGACCCUGCGCGCGCCCGGCUCUUCAGGCCCGAAGGGACCCGCUACCAGCAGGCGAAGCGGGCGCUGCACGCCGCCGUGCCCGACCGCCUGCUGGGCCGGGAGCGGGAGGCGGGCGCCAUCCGGCAAUUCCUGCGGGAGCACCUGGGCGCCCGGCGCCCCGGCAGCCUCUACAUCUCGGGAGCCCCCGGGACGGGCAAGACGGCGUGCCUGAGCUGCGUCCUGCGCGACUGCCAGGACGAGCUGGCGGGGAGCCGGACCCUGGUGCUGAACUGCAUGGCGCUCAGCACCCCGCACGCCGUCUUCCCCGCCGUGGCGCAGCAGCUGGGGCUGCCGGGGGCCGGGAGGGAGGCGCUCAGGAGGCUGGAGAAGGAGCUGACGGCCGCGGGGCCCAUGGUGCUGCUGGUGCUGGACGAGCUGGACCAGCUGGAGAGCAAGGGGCAGGACGUGCUCUACACCAUCUUCGAGUGGCCCCGGCUGCCCGGCUCCAGGCUCGUCCUCAUCGGGCUGGCCAACGCGCUGGACCUGACGGAGCGCAGCCUGGCGCGGCUGCACGCCCGCCUGGCCCCCGGCCCCCCCCGCCUGCUGCAUUUCCCCCCCUACAGCCGCCAGCAGCUGGCGGCCAUCCUGCAGGAGCGCCUGGCCCGGGGGGGGGCCGAGCCCCUGGUGGACCCCCGCGCCCUCCAGUUCUGCGCCCGCAAAGUCUCGGCCGUGUCCGGCGACGCGCGCAAAGCCCUCGACGUCUGCAGGCGAGCCGUGGAGAUGGUGGAGCUGGACGUGAGGGCCCAGACCCUCCUCAAGCCCCCGCCUGGCUGUGACCCCCCCUCCGUGCCCUCCCCGGUGCCCACGCGCGUGGGGCUCCCGCACGUCUCCCGCGUCCUCUCGGAGGUGUUUGGGGACAGGAUGGCGGCGGGGGGGCGCGGGGCCCCGGACACCUUCCCCCUGCAGCAGAAAGUCCUCGUGUGCUCCCUGCUGCUGCUCGCACGGCACCUGCGCGCCCGCGAGGUCACGCUGGGGAAGCUCCACGACGCCUACAGCCGCGUGUGCCGCCGGCAGCAGCUCCCCGCCGUGGACCAGGCCGAGUGCCUGUCCCUCGUCACCCUGCUGGAGGCCCGCGGCGUCCUCCGGCUGAAGAGGGCCAAGGAGGCCCGGCUGGCCAAGGUGUCCCUGAAGAUCGAGGAGGAGGAGGCACGGCACGCGCUGCAGGACGCCGCGCUGGUGGGGAGCAUCCUGGCGCGGGGGCUGCUUUAGGCCCCCCCCCCCCCGUGGCCCCACAGCCCCCCCUGGGACACCACAACCCCCCCGUUCCCCCCCCGCCCCCCCCCCCCGCAGCGCUCGGCGCAGUUUUAGCGGCACGGCCGUGGGUACAGAAG